CGAAGAGCUGUUCUCCGCCUACGCUAACUACACUUCCUGUUCCACACAGCCCAUAGUACAACAUGUCUCGUUUCUUCAGGCAAGCUGGCGACUCCGACAGCGAAACUGAGUCCUCAUCCGAGGAGGAGCUCAUGUCCAGCGAGGAUGAGGCCCCCAAGCCCGCGACCACCAAGCCCGCCAUGUCUCGUUUCCUCCGCGGAGCAGGUAAUUCAGACAGCAGCGAUGGUUCGGACAGUGAAAGUGAAUCAGAGAGUGAGUCAUCUGAGGAAGAGGACGACAAAACGAAGAAGAAGUCACGCUUCUUGCGCACGGAGGAGGAUGAGGAUAGCUCUGAUGAGGAGGAGGGCAAGCGUGUCGUGAAGAGCGCGAGGGACAAACGUUUGGAGGAGAUGGAAGCAUCUGGGAAGAUGAUGGAUAAUGCGCUCAAAAUCAACGACUGGGUAGCAAUCUCGAAUGAGUUUGACAAGCUGCACCGAAUGGUCCAGCGACAGCAGAACGUUUCGGAGCCUGUUCCUCCUUUCUUCAUCCGCACCCUUGUCAAUCUUGAGUCUUCCCUCAAUGCUGCGGUGUCGAAAGAGAAGGAAGCUAAGAAAAAGAUGAACGCAAGCAAUGCUCGUGCCCUGACAGCUAUGAAACAGAAGGUCAAGAAGGUUCUCAAGGAAUUCGAGAUAGAGACAAAAAAAUUCCAAGAGGAUCCCGAGGCCUUUGAACGCGAGUACUCCGCUGCGGUUACCGUUGAAGCGCCUUCAGUACAAAAAGCCAAGAGGGGUAAGAAGGCCGAGGAAGGCACUGAAGAUGAAGAAGAUUUCACGACUGUCGGCAAGGGCGGAAAGACUAUCCAAUUCACACCCGAGAGCAUCUUCAAAAAUUUACAAGCUAUCCAAGAGGCCCGUGGUAAGAAGAACACCGACCGAUCAGAACAAAUCCGUAUUCUCGAGAAAUUGCUUGAGAUCUCUGUCACUUCGUACCAACGGAUCCGCGUCCUUCUCGCCCUCAUUUCGUCCCGGUUCGACUAUAAUUCCUCUGUCGCUACGCAUAUGCCGAUCGAUCUGUGGAUUGCAGCGCAGAAGGAAGUCGACCAGCUUGUUGGUGUCAUAAGUCAGGACCCACGGUACUCAAUCCAAGAGGUUACAAAUGACUACGACGAGCUUGCAGAGCGCUCACCCGAGACUGAGCCCAACGGCACCGUUGUGAUCCGCGGUUCCGUCAUCAGCUUCAUGGAUAGACUGGACGAUGAGUUCACGAAAAGCUUGCAAAAUAUCGACCCUCACGGUACGGAAUACGUCGAUCGACUCAAGGACGAGAAGAACUUGUACUGCACCAUUUGCCGUGCACAGGCCCUCUACGAGAAGACCAAGCAGGACGAGCCUCUUGGACGUAUCGUCAUGCGUCGCCUGGAGCAUAUUUACUCUAAGCCCGACGCCGUUGUGCAAGCAUUGGAAUCUACAGUUGCCGUAUCUGACCUCAAACCCUCAAUUCUCCUUUCCGAGUUCGCUACCAAGGAUCUUAUUCACAGGCUCUGCGUGCACCUCUACAAGUCUGGCAAUUCGCUACUCCGUACUCGGGCAAUGCUCUGCCAUAUCUACCACUACGCCCUACACAACGAUUUCCACACCGCCCGCGACAUGUUUCUUAUGUCUCACCUGCAGGAGUCCAUCCACACUGCUGAUGUUGCUACUCAGAUCCUCUAUAACCGUACUGUCGUUCAGCUUGGUCUCAGCGCGUUCCGCUGCGGUCUCAUUAAGGAAUCACAAGCGAUCCUUCAAGACAUUUUCGCUACUCAACGCGUCAAAGAGCUCCUUGCCCAAGGUGUCCACACUCAACGGUACCAGGUCCUCACCCCUGAGCAGGAGAAGGCUGAGCGUCAGCGCCAACUACCCUUCCACAUGCACAUUAACACCGAGCUCUUGGAGGCCGCGUUCCUCGUCUCUAGCAUGCUUGUUGAGAUCCCUCUCCUCGCGAGUAUCGACAAUGAGGAGCAGAAACGGAAGACCAUUUCGAAGUCAUUCCGUCGUUUACUCGACUUCGCUGAUCGCCAGGUCUUCACUGGCCCACCAGAGAGCACUCGUGACCACAUCAUGCAGGCUAGUCGCGCUCUGCAGGAUGGGGAAUGGGAGAAAUGCCGCGACUUUGUCCAGAGUAUCAAAAUUUGGAGUCUCAUGCCUGAGGCAGCAUCCGUCAAAGAGAUGCUCGCGAAGCGCAUCCAAGAGGAGGGCCUCCGUACCUACCUUUUCACUUAUGCACCGCACUACAGCACACUCUCGUUGUCACUACUCUCACGAACUUUCUCUCUCCCUCUCCGUGCUGUCACGUCGAUCGUCUCAAAAAUGAUCUGGAGCGAGGAGCUCUCUGCAUCGCUCGAUCAGCAGGCAGGCGCCGUUGUAUUCCACCGCAUCGAACUCUCGCGGUCGCAGCUGCUUGCGCAAGUGUUGGCAGACAAAGUCAACGCCAUGGUCGAGCAGAACGAGAAGACCCUCGACCAAAAGCUCGGCAAUGUCACAAGUUGGAGCGACCGGCAGGACGGCGCAAAGGGUGACAAGCGAGAGCAGGCGGGAGAGCGUCGGCGAGGCGCAGAAAGGCGGGGUGGUGUCCGUGGUGGUACGCGUGGCGGACGGGGAGCACGGUUCGCACAAGGAUUAGGCAAUCAAAUGGCAAGUGCUCAGAGGAGUCGCUAAGCUGUUGUUGUCUUUGUUCCCCUUCUGUAUUUUGAUCAUUUGUUGUACAUUUCGUCAAGCACCAUCCGAGCUCUUGACUCCGUCAGAUACAGUGCUGACAAGUUGUCACAAUGCAGAAAAGAUGUGAGAAACUAUCAGCAGAAAUAGAACCAAAAG